AUGUCCUCCCUUACAGACUUGAUAUCUCAGAUGCAGAUAUUUUCUGCAUCGGAUUCUCACAGCCAGGUUCUUCAAGCCGGAAGGAAGGUUCUUAUUCAAGAUGCUCACAAUUUGGGUGCGUUGAAGCAAUGCCUAGUGGCACUUAUCAAUAUGGACAAGUACGAGGCUGCUUUGAAAAUGAUGGAUGAAUACAAGGAGCUUUUGAAGACUGAUGAUUCUUCUGAUAAAUUGCUUCUUCUUGAAAAAGCAUACAUAUAUUACAAGACCAACAAUGGUGCCAAAUUGGAGUCAUUGAUCCCAUUGGCCAAAGGUAUUAGAGGCUUCCAGCAUAUCCUUGCGCAAUACUACUAUCGUAUUGGAAGGAAUGAAGAUGCAUUAAAGUUGUACCAGAUACUUUUACAACAUCCAGGAGCCGAAGAAAGUGACCUGAGUGUUAAUGAAACAGCCAUUCUGUCUCAAAUAAAGCAUGAAGAUUCUUCUGUCUCGAUUCCUUUAAUGUCCCGAAAUGCCUUCGGUUCUUACGAUCUAAUAUCAAAUAAGGCUUUGAUUAAAUUGUUUGAGCACAACUACUCAGAGUCGCUACAAUUGCUUGAAAAGGCAUUGAAAAUGGCCGAGGAGACUCUUAAAAACUACGAUUCCGAUUCCAGAGCUGCUGAAUUGAUUCCCAUUCAUGUGCAAAUUGCAUACGUGAACCAGUUACUAGGAAAUGCGGAUAAGGCAGAACAGAUCUUGGCGCAAUUUGAUGUUACAACGGUGAAAGAUCAAGUACUGAAGCUCAUUAUUACCAACAAUUUGAUCUCUUUAAAAGAUUCUGAUCGUUGCAACAACAAUCCUGCAUUGCUUUAUCGUGAGAUGGAUUUGCCAUCCUCCUUACACAACUCCUUGGAUCGUCUUACCCUUCCUCAAACCAAAAUUCUUCAGCGUAAUGAGCUUCUUUUGGCUCAAAGAGCUGGCAAAAACCUUACUGAUGUGGCCAAGAGGAACGCUGAAAAGUUCCCAGGAUCCGAUAUGGGCCUCGCUUUGUCCACUAUGGAAAAAACAGGUAUUGAAUUUGAAGAUCUAGACUUUGAGAAUAAUGUUAAAAAGCUCUUUCGAUACUCUAUAAAACAUCCUGAAGAUCUACCAUUUGCUCUGUUGGUCUGCCAAAUUAGUAUCGCUUAUGGUAACUUACAAAAUGCUGCUAUUCUUCUAGAAAAUAUUGUGCAACAUGAUGAGCAGGUUCUCUUUAACAAACCAGCUGUGGCUUCUCUGCUUUACUAUAUAUACGAAAAGUCGGACAAGAAGAAGUCCAUCAUUCAGCUCUUGAAUAGACUGUAUGAUGGCUUGUCAAUGAAAAAGAUCUCCAACUCUGAAGAAUACAAGCUACUCAAAUUCUCGGCCUUCCAGCUUUUAUCGAUCGAUGCUGAGAAAAGCAAACAACUAUUUGCAAAGAUUGAAGGAAUAGAGAAGGAACAAGUUCAAAAGAGUGCACUUGUUGAAGCAAUUCUUGGAGGAUCUGCCGAACAUCUACCUAGUGUUGAGUCCCUAGUGGCUGAAAUUAACACAGAUUCUUUAAUCGAGCAAGGAAUGGAACCUUUGAUGACUAAGAACGUCAAAGGAGAGAAUACAAAACCACAUAGUAAGGUCAUCAAACUGAAGAAAACGAAAAGAGAAAGAAAUAAACCGAAAAAACUACCAAAGAACCUUAGUAAGAAGAUUGACGAGGAAAGAUGGCUUCCGAUGAAAGAUAGAUCUUAUUACAAAUCGAAGAAGAGUAAGCAUAAUAAGACUCAAGGUGGAAUAGCGGACGAGUCCUUGGACAUUAACGAAAAGGUGAUUGAAAAGCCUCAAAACGGAAAGAAGAGAAAGAUCAAGAAGAAGAAAGGAGGAAAAUAA